CUGGCGCAUUGGCGGUUGGUGUGCAUCAUGGCAACCGUGACAGCCACGACCAAAGUCCCAGAGAUCCGCGAUGUGACGAGGAUCGAGCGUAUAGGUGCUCACUCUCACAUCCGGGGACUGGGGCUGGACGAUGCCUUGGAACCACGGCAGGCUUCCCAGGGCAUGGUGGGGCAGCUGGCGGCCCGGCGGGCAGCUGGCGUGGUGCUGGAGAUGAUCCGGGAAGGGAAGAUUGCCGGGCGGGCAGUCCUCAUUGCUGGCCAGCCAGGCACAGGGAAGACAGCUAUCGCCAUGGGCAUGGCCCAGGCCCUGGGCCCCGACACCCCAUUCACAGCCAUUGCUGGCAGUGAGAUCUUCUCCCUGGAGAUGAGCAAGACAGAAGCACUGACACAGGCUUUCCGGCGGUCCAUCGGUGUUCGCAUCAAGGAGGAGACCGAGAUCAUCGAAGGGGAAGUGGUGGAGAUCCAGAUUGAUCGGCCAGCAACAGGGACGGGCUCCAAAGUGGGCAAGCUGACCCUCAAGACCACAGAGAUGGAGACCAUCUAUGACCUGGGCACCAAGAUGAUUGAGUCUCUGACCAAGGACAAGGUCCAGGCCGGGGAUGUGAUCACUAUCGACAAGGCAACCGGCAAGAUCUCCAAGCUGGGCCGCUCCUUCACACGUGCUCGUGACUAUGAUGCCAUGGGCUCCCAGACCAAGUUUGUACAGUGUCCUGAUGGGGAGCUCCAGAAACGCAAGGAAGUGGUGCACACCGUGUCCCUGCACGAGAUUGAUGUCAUCAACUCCCGCACCCAGGGCUUCCUGGCCCUCUUCUCUGGCGACACAGGAGAGAUCAAGUCAGAGGUCCGUGAGCAGAUCAAUGCCAAGGUGGCUGAGUGGCGGGAGGAGGGCAAGGCAGAGAUCAUCCCUGGAGUGCUGUUCAUUGAUGAGGUCCACAUGCUGGACAUCGAGAGCUUCUCCUUCCUCAACCGGGCCCUGGAAAGUGACAUGGCACCUGUCCUAAUCAUGGCCACCAACCGUGGCAUCACACGGAUCCGGGGCACCAGCUACCAGAGCCCCCAUGGCAUCCCCAUCGACCUGCUGGACCGGCUGCUCAUUGUCUCCACCUCUCCCUACAGUGAGAAGGACACGAAGCAGAUCCUCCGCAUCCGGUGUGAGGAAGAAGAUGUGGAAAUGAGCGAGGACGCCUACACGGUGCUGACCCGCAUUGGGCUGGAGACUUCACUGCGCUAUGCUAUUCAGCUCAUCACAGCUGCCAGCCUGGUGUGCCGGAAACGCAAGGGCACAGAGGUGCAAGUAGAUGACAUCAAGCGGGUCUACUCACUCUUUCUGGACGAGUCCCGCUCCACACAGUACAUGAAGGAGUACCAGGAUGCCUUCCUCUUCAACGAGCUCAAAGGUGAAACCAUGGACACCUCCUGAGCUAGAUGUCACCCCCCACACAGACUCCUACCCUGUUUUCUACCAGAGUUCUGACACUGUGACUUUGUAUAAAGUGGUUUUGAAACGA